AUGUCCCCGCCACAGCGCACUGCAUCGGCCGUGAGCUCGACGCCCGAGCUCAUCGAGCGCAUUGCGAGCUUCGUUGCGCACCAGUGGACCUUGAAGCAGCUACGAGCAGCGCUUCCAGCCACGUCACCAGCGACGGCCGCGCUCCACGUCCUGCUCCCGACUCCCAGCGUCGACGUUGCACGGCCCGAGAUCUGGGCCCUCAGGUCGCCCACCAACAAGAUCCUGCAACAUCUGCCGCACUCCAUCGCAAUUGGCGCCAGCUUCGGGUCGAGCAUCGACUUGUGCGGCCGCGACGAGCACGCAUGGUCUGGAAUCACGAUGAUCUUGAACGACCUCUCGGACUUGACGCUACGUGGGCAUUUUCCCGCAUCGGUCGCAGCCGCCAUUGCAGAGAUGCUCGUUGCCGGCGCCUCCAUCUCGUCCAAACAACUCUCCGGGACCUUUGUCCUUGAGAACGUACCGAUUGUCGGCGAUGGCUUCAUGCAACAAGGAACGCUGCCGUACAGUCUGCGCAGCGUCCGCCUCGAAGACAACUUGACCAGUAUCAAGAUUGCACACGUGUGGCGAACGGUCAAUGCACGGGCCAAUGGGGAGCAAGUCGUGCUGCAAGACUACAUUCCCGAGAACGGCUACCUCCUUCUGCAUGCGGCCAGCGACCCGCAGGUGCAUUCGGCCUUGGCGCAUGCUCCGUGCCUACGCGCGCUCCACCUUCAGAGCACCUCCACCGAAGGGCUCGCGACGCUUGUCAAGAGCCUCACGACCACUUUUCCAGUGCUGGCCAACAUCGCACUCGAGUCCGCGCCGUCCGAUCGCGAGCCCAAGGUGAAGCGGGAUGUGUACGACUACUGGAACGCCAAGCACUGGCGUCUCGUGGCCUUUGCGUAG